AUGUCCAAAAGUUUUUAGAUGGGUGAAAAGGCUGAGUUCUUGGUAAAAUUACUUGAUGGGCUCAAAAUCGAACUAUAAAAAAUUAAUUAAAACACUCAAGUUAGGAAGGCAAAAAUAUUGACCUACAAUAAAGGAUAUAUAUAAUAUGUGAAUAAAAAUGAAUUUCUAGCUUUGUAAAAAGCAUAGUCGACAUCAACAUUAAAUAAGGAAGAAUUUAUUUAUAAUCAUGGCUAUUUAGUAUACAAAGCUGGGGUGAAUAUUAAAGCUUUUAACUAUGAAGAAAAUCAAAUUGAGUGUGGGUGGAAUAAAUAUUAGCAAAAUGUAUACUAUAUUAUUCUCAAAUUCAAUAUAAAACACAAAGUAAUAUAUAAUCCAGUUCCAGAAGUAUAAAAAAAACAAAAAAAAAAAACAAAAGACAAUCCUUUAAAGAAUGUUACUUGGUAUUUUGAAGUGUAACUAAAGAGUGAAAUAACAAAAAUCUAGACGAGAUUAAUUGAAAUUGAAGAAUAUAAUAAGAGAUUAGAAAAACUUAAGGCCUGUGAAAAAUUUGCUAAUAAGUUUGAGUAAAUGGAGAUCGAGAUUCAAGAUUCAGAAAUGUUAUUAUAAGAGUUAGAAAAAAAUCAAAUAGAAAUUCAGUUUUUGGGAUAUAUUUCUAAUAAACUAGAGAAUAAUACUAAUAGGAAAAUAAUUACAGCAGAUAUAGCAGCUCGUUCUUUAUAUCUUUAUAUGAGUAAUUUAAAUGAAUAUAAGUUGAAUAAAAUGAGUAUGAUUGAAUAAAUGAUAAAAGCUCUUUAUAAAGAUAAAUAGAGAAAUUUUAAUUAAUAAGUAAUAUAAAUUGCAAGAAACAAGUUUGAAUCUAAUUUAGAGGCUUAAAAUUUUGAGAUAUCUGAUGUUUUAUUUUUGAAUGCUUUGAUGUUUAAUUUUCAAUUUAGUAUUGAACUUGAUGUUAAGAAUUUACUUGAUUAUCAGAGUUUUUUUUCAUCAUUAAUUUUUAAAUCUCUUGAAAAUACAGAAAGUACUUAAAUCAUCAGGUUUCAUAAUAAUGAUAAUGAUGAUGAGAUGAAAUUUAUGAAUUAUAAAAAUUUCCAAACUUUUUCAAAAAAACCAGAAAAUUUACAUGAUGUUAACAAAUAUUGUGUUGGGCUAUUUGGAGAGGAAAAUUAAUAUUUAGGGAUGUUUUAUUUAGAAUUAUACAAAUAAAAGCCAAAGAAAUAAUAUUUAGAGAAAGCAAUAACCCUUUUCGAAAAAAACUUAAAGAAUUCUCAUCCCUUACUAAAAGAGGCAUGCUCUUUAUCUAAGAAGGAAGAAUCAAUCCAAAAAAGUACCCAAUUACUUAGUUAACACAUGAAUAUCACAAUUUCUCAUUAAACAUCAAGCACUCCAUAACAAGUAAAUGUCUAAUAAAGUGCUUAAAAUUUGAAAACAUAAAACUCUUUCACAGAAAAAAAAAAAACAAUUAAAAUUACUGAAUAUAAUCUUCAAAAUGACAACUAACAUGCCAUUUCUAUAAACAGUAAUAAUAAUCAAAAAAUUAUUCAAACUGAAGAAAUAUAAAUUAUAGAUAUAAUGGAUGAUGUUGUAAAAUCACCAUAAUCAGAACCAAAAUACUUUUAAUUUAAAAGUUCUGAAAAAACAAACUCAACUGCAAUUUCAGAAUCGCAUUAAUCUGCUGAUAAACUCUCAUAUUAAAUUGCUGAAGAAAAUUAUAAUAAGGAACAAUAUAUAUCUGCUUUAUAAGCGAUUGAUAGCAUUUAACAUAAAACAAAAAUGGUGUUAAGAUUAGGAUUUUAGAUCGAAAAAAAAUUAAAUGAUGGUUAAAAUUAAUACUAUUCUGAAAAGCUCUUAAAGAAUUAUCUCAUCUAUGGUUGUUGUGUUUAAGAUUUUAAAGAUAUAGAAGAAAUAUUGUAAUUACAAUUCAAAUAAUAUAUUUAUGAUGAAUAGAUUUCUUUUCAAAAUGACUAAUGGAAGCCCAUUUUAAUUUAGUUGAAAAGUCGUAAACUUUCAACAGAAAGAAUUUAAAUUUUGGAUUCAAUAGUAAUGGAGAUAAGAUAUUACAAAUAUGAUGACAUCAAAAAGUAUUUCAAAAGUGUAAUUGAAAAAUUGAAAAAUUUUUCGAAAGAUAAAAUGGAUAAUGUUUAAGAUCAAUUUUAACUCAUUUCUAAAAUUUACUAAACUUCUUAAACGCAUUGA